CGCGGUGGGGGCGUUGCGUGCUAACAGCUGCCGCUGCUGCGUUUCCGCAUAAUUCCAACGUUCUGGUCGGUCCCAGUCAGGUGCAAACCACUCCCCAGCCCGACGGAAUCCUUAGGAGCCUUGGGAACCCCCUUUGCUUUUCAAUUGCGCCAGCGAUGCCGCAAAUCGGCCCCCUCGUCGUCGCCUACUGGCAGCUAGCGGCUGUCGUCGCCUUGGCCUAUGUGGCGCGCUUGUAUGGCCAGUACCACCGUCUGAGACAGUUCAAGGGCCCUGCGACGACCGGCUUUUCCGCCUGGUGGAUGAUUCUGGCUGUGAAGGGGAAGAAGGCACAUUUGGCGUAUUCGGGCGUCAAUGAGAAGUAUGGCGCCCUCGCCCGUAUCGGCCCCAACGACCUCCUCACCAGCUCCCCCGAGCUUCUCUGGCGCAUGAGCAGCGUGCGAUCCACCUAUACGAAAGGCGACUGGUACAAUGGCUCUAGGAUCCAGCCAGGACGUGAUAAUGUCUUUAGUGGGAUCGAUGAGGACCGUCAUACGAGUCGGCGGGCGCAGUUGGCUCCAGCUUACUCCGGCAAAGACAUCCCCUCCCUCGAAACCGAAAUCGACGACCAAAUCCACAAACUGCUCCACCUAAUCCGGACCUCAUACGUCUCCACCCCGGGCCACUUCCGCCCCAUGGACCUGGCCCGCAAAGCCCAAUUCUUCACUCUCGAUGUCAUCACCAAGAUUGCGUUCGGCGAAGCCUUUGGCGAUCUGGAGAACGAUAAGGAUAUGUAUGAGUACAUCAAGAGCACCGAGGACAUGUUGGAAGUGAUCAUCAUGGCCGCUACGAUGCCGCUUAUGAAGAGCAUGUUCACGGUCGAGUGGAUCGGGAACCUGAUGUUCCCGAGUGACAAAGAUGGGGUUGGGAUUGGGAAGUUGAUUGGUAUUGCGAAGGACCUCAUCUCCCGCCGCUUCGGCCCCAAGCCCAUCCACCGCCAAGACAUGCUCGACUCCUUCAUGCGCCACGGCCUCAAACAGGAAGAACUCGUCUCCGAGUCCCUAAUCCAGAUCCUCGCGGGCUCCGACACCUCCGCCACCACCAUUCGCGCGACCAUGCUCUAUCUCAUGUCCCACCCACGCGUCUACCGCAAGCUCCAAGACGAGAUCGACGCGGCGGUCAAGGCCCGAAAAUCGCCCCAGUCCAUCAUCACCGCCGCCGAAGCCGCCGAGCUGCCCUACCUGCAAGCCGUGAUCAAGGAGGGCAUGCGCAUCUGGCCCGCGGUCACGGGCCUGCUAACAAAAGUGACGCCGCCGGAGGGCGACACGGUCGAGAUCGACGGCGAGACGGUGUAUAUCCCAGGUAACACGAAAAUCGGAUAUGACGCGUGGGGUGUGCACCACAACACAGCAGUGUUCGGCGAGGACGCGAACGUGUUCCGCCCGGAGCGGUGGCUGGAGAAGGAGGGGGAGGAGCUGGGCAGGAUGCAGCGGACUGCGGAGCUGAUCUGGGGGUGGGGGAAGUAUCAGUGUCUAGGCAAGCCGAUUGCGACGAUUGAGUUGAAUAAGGUGUUCUUUGAGCUUCUCCGCAACUUUGACUUCUCGGUCGUGGAUCCGACGAGGCCGUGGAAGAGCGCGAAUGUGGGGCUGUGGAUGCAGUCAGAGUUGUGGGUUGAGGUCACGGAGCGGAAGCCGUCCUAGAGGCAAGGUGAGUGCUGGGAGGUGGCAUUGUAGAUGUGAGCGUUCUUAACGGUCAAUGAGGUAUCGUUGAGCGAGUAGAUAUGAGUGUUUUCUUUGACCCAGAUCCAUGGUAACGUCACGUAAUGCCCCACCUAAUUCAUCUCUUGAUUU